UUCCUACUUUCUUUCUAACUAUUGAUGUAGAGAAUAACCCCCCAAAACCCUAACAGUUACAUAAUUUUACCAAAUGCAAAACUAGGAGCACAUAAGAAAAGCACUCAACAUUUUAGGGUUCCUUCGUCCGACAUCGAUUACCGGAAAUAAUAUUCUUCACGUCGAUCAAGGCAUCCCAUCAAGUCGCAAGGCCAGGUUUCUGCUAUCAGUGUCAGCGUAUUUGUUGGAACGGAGGUUGUAGCUUUUUAAAGUUUGAUUCAGUUAGCAGUUUAUCCAAAACGAGACGUAUUCAUUUUUGAAGCAUCAUGGCUGGUAUCUCUGGAAGUGAGAACAGGGAACCAAUCAACGAGCAAGAAGUUGCAGCCAAAUACGGCAGCAUAAGAACCGAAAUGAAUAAUAUUUACUCAAAAAUCACGGAACUUGAAAUGGAAGCAAGUGAGCACUCAUUGGUCAUUAACGCCAUACAGCCGCUUGAUCCUGCACGCCGUUGCUACAGAAUGAUUGGUGGUGUGCUGGUCGAAAGAACUAUCAAAGAAGUUUUGCCAGCUGUUCAACAAAACAAGGAAGGAAUCGAAGUUGUGAUUGCUCGUCUUAACGAAGCUUUGGAGAGGAAGAAGAAAGAGUUGACUGAUUUUGAGUCAAAGUACAAGAUUCGGAUCAGAAAAAAUGAUGGGGAAUCCAUGGAUGAUAAUAGCAAGAAAGAGGGGUCCACGCAAGGGGUUCUUGUGGGUCCUGCAAACGCCUAACUUAUUUUGGUUGUUAAUGUGAUUUUGUUCGAAUUAUCAUGCAUGCUUUUUUUCAUAAAUGGUGUACAAGAUGAUUACUAGUUGGGGUUUAAGAUAUUUCUUUUUAUUUUA